AUGGCUUCUACUGAUAAUACCCAAAGUGGUGGGCAAACAGAUGUGAAAGCUUCUGUGCUCCAUGGCGCCAAAGAUUUGAAAGUUGAAACUCGUACGCUUGGUGUACCUGAACCAACAGAGGUACAAGUUGCGGUACAAGCGACUGGUCUUUGCGGAUCUGACUUACAUUACUAUAAUCACUACAGAAAUGGAGAUAUUAUCGUAAGGGAGCCUAUGACUCUUGGCCAUGAAUCUGCCGGCGUUGUUACUGCCGUUGGCUCUGAAGUCAAGAACCUGAAGGUUGGAGAUCACGUUGCGUUAGAAGUUGGACUUCCUUGCAAGAAUUGUGACUUAUGUGCAAGUGGAAGAUACAAUAUCUGCAAAGAAAUGAAGUUUAGAAGUUCGGCGAAAGCAUUCCCACAUUUCCAGGGAACUUUGCAAGAACGAAUCAAUCAUCCUGCAGCAUAUUGUCACUUAUUACCAUCAAAUGUAUCCCUUGAGCUCGGUGCCGUACUCGAACCUCUCAGUGUCGCAAUACACGGUUCGAGAAGAGCAGCUCUGCCAAAGGGCAAGACAGUUCUCAUCUUUGGUGCCGGAGCAGUGGGCCUCUUAUGUGCAGCGAUGUGUAGGGUCACUGGCGCCAAAAAUAUUGUUAUAGCAGAUAUACAACCCGAUCGAUUAGAUUUUGCAAUUCAGAACAAAUUUGCUGAUGCCAAGCUUCUGGUCCCUAUGACCAGACCUCAGUCGAUCGAGGAUAAAUUGGCAUUCGCGAAAGAGGUCGCGGAGUUGGUCAAGGAGGCAUCUGGAGAAGGGGAGGUCGAUGCAGUAUUUGAAUGCACAGGUGUUGAAUCAUGCCUCCAAGCUUCGAUAUAUUCAACUAAACCGGGAGGAAAGAUAAUGUUAAUUGGUAUGGGAACUCCCAUACAAACAUUACCAAUUUCCGCCGCGGCUUUACGAGAAGUUGAUCUCGUAGGUGUCUUUCGAUACGCAGAUACUUACGCAGAAGCCAUCAAACUCGUUGGGAGCAAGGAUCCUCUACUUCCAGAUCUCUCCAAGUUAAUCACGCAAAGAUACAAGGGAUUCGAGAAUAUUCCGGACGCCUUUGCGAUGGCUGGUAAAGUCAAGGAUGAUGAGGGUGCAUGUGCAUUCGUUCUCCGAAGGAGAGAGAUGCAACAAAAAGAAAGUUUCUACGUUGAAUCACGAGGUAUGAUGUCGGAGACCGAAGGCUGGGUAAAGGAUCGUGAUCGUGAAACUGAGGCAAAAGUAGUAGCAAGCAGCUAUUAA